AUGCGAGCGGCGCUUCCAGGAAAGCCUGUCCCAGCGACGCAAGCUGUCUGUACGGGUCACUGGGAUGGGAAGCGGUACAUAAUAUACAUAACUGGAAGAACAUUAGUAAUCCUUACUGGCCUACACGUCCUGCUUCAAAUUAUCUAUGAUGAAUCCGAGCUACAAUUGGGAGCGGUCGUAUUCGAUGAGACUACGGGAAAGAUUGCUGUGUCAACCGACUAUACAAUUCGUAUAUACAGGCCAUGUGGACUAGAUGAGAAUAACCUAAAGUGGUCAUUACAAGAUACCUUUACCGUUGACUGGUCAGUGUCAAGCUUUUCACGGAUGAUACUGUCAUGGGGUGUCGCUGAAGAACUCUUAGUUGGAGGUACGCAUCUUGAACUGUUUACCUCCUUGUGUACGCCCUCGUCGAUAUGGAAGAGCGACUUGGCCAACCGUGUCAAGCUUGCCGAGUUUUCAUAUGAUUCUGCUUUCAUAGCGUCAACUGGAGUUUAUGACCGAUUUGUCAAGAUAUGGAAGAGAUUAUCAUUUGGUUACGACGAUACACGAUUUGACUUCAGCUAUCUAUCCCAUCCAGCGACGGUGACAAAUAUCUACUGGAGAAAGCCUCAUUUUAUAGACCAAACUAUAGAUAAUGUUUUAUACACAACAUGUGCAGAUCAAAUUCUACGUAUCUGGGUCGCUCCAGAUAUUCAUGACCAUUUCCCAGGGCAUUUACAACUUUGGGGGCAAAUUGAUUUGAUAGAGUCAAUAAAGCCCCGUGCGUUAUCAAAAAAUACCUCAAAUCGAUUCGCAUUUAUCAUCGACUGUCGAGAUUUCAGAUUAGCAACCGAACAAGCGGUUCAAUCGCGAAAAACAGAAGAACCUGCAGAAAAUCAUGCACUAUCUCAUCUAAUUGAAGUUGCAAAUCGAAGUCCCGAAAUAUGUGUUGUUCUUGAUGACCAAGGUCAUAUGUCUGCCUGGGGACUAGAAUGCAUAAGCUACAAGACCUUACAAAAAACUUGCAUUUUUAACGUUACACACGUGGAUGGCUUGCAGCUAGGCUUGCCCGAUAUAUCUGAAGUGAACAUGAUCCCAGUUCGAUUUUAUAACUACUGCAAGCAGCCUGAGAGUGUUCUAAGUUUUCUAAUUCAUCACUUCGACGGUAGCCUAGAAGUGUUCGAAAGUAACGUUGUAGAUUUUUUCGACCCCUCACCCAGAUCUAGUCGCUUAGUGUCAAAAAUAAAAUUAACUGGGCACUCGGAAAUUAUUAAAAAUAUCAUACUUGAUGUAAAUAAAUCAGUUGUUGCUUCUCAAGGUGAGUGUAACGAAAUAAUGAUAUGGAAGAGCUCAGGCCAGCAAGAAGGAGAGUCAUUACAAUGCCAAAGCUCUUUCACUCAAACAGAAAAGAUAAUUGGAAUUUGUCUGAUAAGUAGCGGAAAGUUUAUCAUCCUUUUACUUCAAGACAAAAUCUUGUUGCUCGACGCGCGAGCCUCUCAGGGAAAAAUACUUUCGUCCUUCUCUUACACCGAUCGCGGAGACGGUCUCUGUACCUCUCUUCUAUUUGAAGAUACCGAAAAUCUAGUAGCUUACGUCGCCAUAUUAUCAUCCAAAAUGGAAGGUGUUAUUCUGGAAAUUCAACUCUCUAGGAUGGAUGGACUUCAAGAUAAUUGCGGCAAUAGCGCAAGUAUUCGAAAGCUAUGUCUCCUUGGCCCCAUAGAGAUUUGUGAACUAUUUCUCAUCGCUCUUACUGAACCACUCUAUAUUUAUCAAAUUAUUUGUGGGGCCGCCACUCCGACUAGGGAAGUAGCUGUCUCUCUGACUAAGUCUGGAGUUCUUCAACUCUGGGCAGUCAGGCUCAACCUAGUGACGAAUAGUGCAGAUUGGUUACAGACCUACUCCAUCGAUACUGGGACGUGCGAGCCCUCUCUUGUAUCAGUAAGCUCAAACCACAAAGCUGCCAUUGUAGACUCGAACAGAAGUGAAUUAAAAAUAUGGGACGUACCAGGAGAUUGCCUUGAGUUUGUUCAAAACUACGAAUCUCAUGAGACCAUCCAAUAUUUAGAUUGGUCUUCUACCUUAGACAGUCAGUCAAUCCUUGCAGUUGGCCUCUCAUCCCGAGUGGUAAUCUUAGUCCAAACGCGAUACGAUUAUCUUAGUAAGAAUGAAGCUUGGGUAACUAUCAGGGAAUUUAGUAUUCGUGAUUUGACUCCCCAUAAUAUUAGCAACUCAACUUGGCUGAACAGCGGUAAUCUAGUUGCAGCUGCAGGCAGUCAGAUAUUUAUUUUCGGCACCAAAUUUAAGCUAUCAACUACAGUAGUCCAAGACUUUGGGCUUGCCUACCUUGGAUCAGUCUGGCAUGCCAAUGAACUCGUUGCCCAACUCAACAGUACGCUUCCGGCUUAUCAUCCGCAAUUCCUUUAUCACUGCAUACUCAGCAAUAAAUAUCUUCUUUUUCGACGCCUGAUACUUGAGCUAUACAUGACCUUGAAGUAUUAUAUCGAAGGUGAAUCACUAAGUAAAUACCUCGGUAUAGAUACAAGCGAAUUUUAUACCACCGAUGUACGCCACAUUACGACGUUGAAUCCAACGAAAUCCAAAGAAUUCUGUUCCUAUAUGAAUAAUGACCAUAUACCUGAGACUCUAAACGAAGAUAUCGCAUCAUUUAUUUCUGAGAAGCUUUCUAGAAUCUCACUACCUGGUCUAUCAAAAAUUGAGCAAACAAAGUUGAUUGAACUAGUUCAGUGCGCAGUAAUAAUCGAAAAAAAAAGGCCCUCCAUAGAUGAUAAUGCCUUCAAAUUUUUGUUUUUUUUUCAAAAGCACGUCCUAUGCCGGGGUGUGGGAAAUCAACUAUGCUUAUCGUGGCGGGAGAUUAAUUGGGCAUAUCACAGCAAGAGUCAAGAAAUAAUCAUAGACAUGGUCUCAAGUCACUCUAGGGGGAAACUUAUUUGGGAACAUGCGAGAGAAAGCGGCAUGUUCAUGUGGAUUAAAGACCUAGGGACUUUGAGAGUACAGUUUGAGAAGAUAGCAAAAAACGAGUAUACGAAGACAUCGAUGAAAAAUCCUAUUGACUGCGCACUAUUUUAUUUAGCCCUUCGUAAGAAGACAGUACUUCAAGGAUUAUGGCGAAUUGCAUCUUGGAAUCCAGAGCAAGCAGCUACGAUUAAGCUUCUUGGGAAUAAUUUUAAUGAUAAAAAAUGGAAGACAAUUGCUUUAAAAAAUGCAUAUGCACUGUUGGGAAAACACCGCUACGAAUAUUCUGCGGCUUUCUUUCUCCUCGCAGACUGUCUCAAGGAUGCUAUAAAUGUUUUGUCAACCCAGUUAAAUGAUCUUCAAUUAGCGAUUGCAGUUGCUCGAGUCUAUGAAGGUGAUGGAGGCCCAAUUUUGAAUCAGUUUCUCGAAGAUAGGGUAGUACCUCUGGGCCUUCAAAAGGGGGAUAGAUGGCUUACAUCAUGGGCACUUGAACUAUUGGGUAGAAGAAGUGACUCUUUGCAGGCUUUGAUGCUGCCUACCUACACUCUCCUAGAUUCUCUUCAACAAUUAGAACCCCAAGCAAGGUCAUUUUUAAAACAUGACCCUGCGACACUAAGCUUUUACACUUAUUUACGACAGGAAUUCAUGCGAGCAACAAAAAUGGAAGGCCCUUGCGUAUCUUCCAAAAUGGAAUGGGAUUUUAUCCUCCGUAGCGCGAGGCAGUUUACUCGAAUGGGUAGUGGACUCCUUGCGCUAGACCUUCUUCGUAACUGGGAAUUCCACCAUCUCUCCACCAAAUUCUAUCAUAGUACCAAGAAAGUACCCCGCCAAUCAACUUCAACGAAACACGAUACUUUCUCCACUUUGGACUCACCUGUGCUGCAGAAACUGUCGGAUAAUAUGGUUUCCCAAAAUUCGAUGAAAUUACCAGUGUUUCGGGAACCAGAUGUGAGCUCUUUGCUCGAUAACUUUGGAUUUUAG